ACUUAUCCUGACAGUUAUCUCAUUUUGCUCUCUCCCCAAGGGCAAACUUUCACCCAAAACGAGCAAAUUUCAAUCGGUGAUUUUAUUACUAUGGGGGGAGAAAUACCUGCUUUGGCAAUUACCGAUGCCCUAAUUCGGGCUAUUCCAGGGGCCAUUCAACCUGAAUCUUAUCAGCAAGAGACCUUUCAAAACUCGCAACUAGAUUUUGCUACUUAUACCCGCCCGGAAGAAUUUGCUGGUCUAAAAGUACCAGCGGUUUUGCUAUCCGGCAAUCAUAAAGAAAUUAACCAAUGA